AUGGCUUUGAUUAAAAGCCGAUUAAUUUGGCAAUGUGGCCAAAUUCGUUUCUUCUCAGAGAUGCCUAAAAUACAGAAAUUAACUAGGUAUUCGGACUUAUCUCUCUUCACACCAGAAAAAAUUCGUAACUUUUGUAUCGUUGCACAUGUGGACCAUGGUAAAAGCACAUUAGCAGAUCGAAUACUGGAGUUAACAGGGGUUAUAAAUCCAGGCCACGAAGACCAGGUUCUUGAUAAGCUUCAGGUCGAACGUGAACGUGGUAUUACAGUGAAAGCACAAACGUGUUCUAUGAUUUACAAAGAUUAUUUGUUGAACCUCAUCGAUACGCCAGGUCAUGUUGAUUUCAGCUUCGAAGUUUCCCGUUCAUUAUCGGCUUGUGAUGGCGUUAUUUUGCUGGUUGCUGCAAAUCAGGGCGUGCAAGCACAAACUGUCGCGAACUUUUGGUUAUCAUUGGAGAGAAACUUGAAUAUAUUACCUGUCAUUAAUAAAAUUGACUUGAAAGGUGUUAAUGUGGCUCAGGUUGAGUCUCAGCUCUACAACUUAUUUGGUUUCGAGAAGAACGAAAUUAUACAUAUUUCUGCAAAGAAUGGAGAUGGUGUUUCUUCUGUUUUAGAAGCGGUUUUGCAGAGAUUUUCUGCUCCUAAGGGUUCGCGUGAGAAAUAUUUUCAAAGUAUGAUUUUUGACUCUUGGUUUGACCGCUUUCGUGGUGCUAUCGCCUGUGUCAAAGUUGAACAGGGAAUAUUAAAAAAGGGACAAAAAAUCCGCUCUUUUCGAAACUGUAAAGACUAUGAAGUUGCAGAAGUUGGAGUUAUGCACCCAAAUAUGGUUCCUCUUGACACUCUGUAUGCUGGUCAGGUGGGCUACGUUAUAGCAAAUAUGAAGACCACUUUAGAAGCAGCAGCCGGAGAAAUUUUAUAUGAACCUGCAAUACCACCAUCGACGAUAAUAGCUCCUGAAUUCAAGCCGUGCAAACCCACUGUUUAUGCUGGAUUAUUUCCAGUUGAAAUUAGUGAUUAUGACCAGUUGAAGCAAGCUGUUGAUCGUCUUUGUCUCAACGACCCCUCUGUUAUUAUUUCUCCUGCUGUUAGUCCCGUGUUGGGAAUGGGAUGGCGCGUUGGUUUUCUUGGACUUCUUCAUAUGGAGGUAUUUGGAGCACGUUUGAGUAACGAGUAUGAUGCAGAGGUCAUUUUUACAGCUCCAAACAUUGAAUUUAAAGCCAUAAUUAAACAGAAUGAAACUAUUCGGAAGAAAAGAUAUGAGGGUAAAUCGGAAAUAGAUAUAUCUGACCCGUCAAAAUUUCCAAAUCCAGCAGACGUUGAGAAGUUUUUGGAGCCCAUGGCGAAGUUAAGGGUUAUAAUACCGACAGAGCACCUUGGUGUUGUGUGCAGACUGUGUUCUGAGGCGAGGGGUGUAAAGGGUGAGGUUACCUCACUGGAUGAGUCACGACUGAUGUUAGACUGGAGGUUACCUUUGGCUGAAAUAGUAGUAGACUUUUUCGACCAGUUAAAGCAGGCUACAAGUGGUUAUGCCUCGUUUGAUUAUGAACACGAUGGGUAUGAAGAAACGAGUUUGACAAAGUUGUGUAUAUCGAUCAACAAUAAGGCUGUUGAUGAAUUUUCUCAAGUCUUACCGAACUCUAUGGUGAAAGAAAGAGCAAAGUUUUUGGUUUUCAGACUUAAGAACGAAAUACCAAGACAGCAAUAUGAAGUCGUAAUCAAAGCUACUUGUGGUGAUUCUACGAAACCUAUAGUACAAUCUAAAAUUGCUGCGAUGAAAAAGGAUUUUACUGAGCUUCUAAAGGGUAAUUUUGGAGGUGGUGGAAUGGAACGAUUAAAAAAGAAGCUAUUACAUCAGAAGGAAGGAAAAGCUCGACUAAAAAAGAUCGGCAAUGUUCAAAUCCCAAAGGAAGCUUUUAUUAACAUUUUCAAGUCUUAA